AUGGUACAACUGGCCCCCUACAGCGCCGCUGACCCCGCAAAAAUCGAGGCAAUCCGCGCCUUCGUCGUCAAAACUGACCCCACGCUCCCCUCAAACAUGUGGCUGUAUCGCUGCACCAUCGACAGCUGGCCCCAGCUGUGCUUCAUGGCAAUGGACGGAGAAGCAAUCGUCGGGGUUGUGAUAUCGACCGUCCAGAUGCACCACAACAACAUGCUCCGCGGCGGGAUAAUGCUGCUCCUCGUAAAGAAGGACUACAGAAGCUGUGGUCUCGGUAGAAGACUCGUAGAACAAGCCGUGGAGUCCCUCAUUAACGCUGACGCCGACGGGAUAUCCGUAAUCACGAAAACCACAAACACCAACGCCAUAAAGAUCUACGAGCGGCUGGGCUUCAUACGCACAAAGCUCCUGCCAAACGGUGGUGGGGGUCAGAGCUGGAGGAUGAUGUUGCUGCUGGAGCCGUUGACGGAGGGGCUGUGGGAUUGUAGCUCGGAGGAUAAUGCGGAGGCGUGUGGUUGUGGGUUAUUUUCAGGUAGACCACUUAGGCGGGGUGGAUGGUGCGGAAUGGUUGUGAGAACUUGUGCUUAA